UUUCUCGGGUCUGGCGACCUAGGCCAGCAGGCGGCCGUCCGGAUGUGGGGCUGCAGGGCCCCGGCCCUGCUGUGCGUGUGGGAGGUGCGGCUGGCAGGGUUCCUAGGAAGGAGACUGCUGAGCAGCAAUGCCGCCGUGGGGAAGAGUAUUGCGCCUCAGUGCUGGAACUGCGGCCGCGCGAGGGGAUCCGGGUGUGGGGAUGAGUUCUUCUGCGCACACUGCCGCGCGCUGCAGCCUCCUGACCCCACUCGGGACUACUUCAGCCUCAUGAACUGCAACCGAUCCUUCAGGGUUGACGUCACGAAACUUCAGCAUAGGUACCAGCAACUGCAGCGUCUUGUCCACCCAGAUUUCUUCAGCCAGAAGUCUCAGACCGAAAAACACUUCUCGGAGAAGCAUUCCACCAUGGUGAAUGAUGCCUAUAAGACUCUUCAGGCUCCCCUGGCCAGAGGACUUUAUCUUCUUAAGCUCCAAGGAAUAGAAAUUACUGAAGGGACAGAUGAUAGAGCAGACAGUCAGUUCCUUGUGGAAAUCAUGGAAAUCAAUGAAAGACUCGCAGAUGCCCAAAGUGAGGCUGCCAUGGAAGAGAUUGAAGCCACUGUCAGAGCAAAACAGAAAGAAUUUACCGACAAUGUAACCAGAGCUUUUGAACAAGGUGACUUUGAAAAAGCCAAGGAACUCCUAACCAAGAUGAGAUACUUUUCAAACAUAGAAGAAAAGAUCAAGUUAAGCAAGACUCCUCUCUAGUUGCUAACUUAAAGUUUUAAAAAUUAAACUUUGUAUUUCUUUUCUGGCUUC